AUGGUCCAUUUCCGGUCCAAAGAACUCACCAAAUUAUCCCCAUUCGGCAAGUGGUGGCAUGCCUUUGGCCUCCACGGCGGCUUUAUGAUUGACCAAGACGACGUCGACACCUAUACCUGUCACGAACCUUGCUCUACUGAUGCCGCCGCCAUCAGAGAGCUCCAAGAAAAUCCCGAAGAAAUCCCUUAUCGUGUCCUUGGCAGUCUCGGCAAGCCUUACAAAUUUAAAAUCGACGAAAUCAAGCUGGCGAAUGGAUGGCGCCCGAACUUCGCUCUUGCAGAUUCCUACGUCAGUCGUGAUGGACACGGCCGGGUGUUCCUCUGCGGUGACGCCGCCCAUCAGAACCCGCCCCAUGGCGGCUAUGGCAUGAACAGCGGCGUGGAAGACGCUAUCUCGCUCGCGUGGCGUCUUUCAGCUUUACACAAAGGCAUCGGCGGAGGCAACCUCGUUACUUCAUAUACGAAUGAGCGCAGACCGAACAUGAUGCUGCGUCUCGAACGUUGUGCUGCCCAUAUCGGCAAAUUCACGCCGAUGAUCGUGCGUACUAUGACGGCCCCGAACACAGACAUUUUCCUCGAGGAGAGCGAGGAAGGAGAGAAGGCGCGAGCCGAGGUAGCAAAACACCUGGACAGUGUGGGACCUGAAAAUAUCGACCGUGGAGUGGAACUGGACCUGAGAUAUUUGAAUAGCGAAAUUAUUGUGAGCGACGGGACGAGGGAGCCGAGAUUCGAUAACAUGCGCUACACGCCAAGUACAAGGCCCGGGCAUAGGGCGCCACAUGUAUUCUUGAGGGAUGAUCAGACAAGUAUCGUGGAUCUCUAUGGACGAGAGUGGUCAUUGAUGGACUUCUCAAAGGUCGAAAGGGACUAUCAAACGACCAAUGGUUUCGUCAACUUGGAUGACGAAGCGACCUCCCCGGUGGCGACAUUCAAAGCUGUUGCCAAUGCAAUGAGAAUGCCGCUGACGCACGUCCAACUGGAUGCCGGAGAGAAGCACGUUAAGAACGUGUGGGAAAAUUACGAUUAUGUUUUAGUCCGACCGGACGGGUACGUCGCCUGGCGUGGAGGCAAAGAAGGGGCGAGGGAUGAAUGUUGUGAGCUGAAUGAAGGACGGAUCAGGAACAUCUUGCGCAUUGCGCUGGGCUGGAAGACAGACCCUGGGUUUGUGGCGGGGGAGAAGAAGGAGCUGAAUGUGAAAGUCAAUUUGACAAGCAUUCAUGGCCUGGAAGAGGAGCUAGGGAUGGGCAAGGGCCACGGGGAUGCCUUUGUGGGAAUUUUCACUGAAGACAAGAGAAAGUAG